AUGGCUGUAAAAUGGUGUGGACUACUUUCACGUGCGAUUGAAUGUUAUCUAGUUGUUCAGUGUGGACUACUUUCCCAUGCGAUUGAAUGUUAUCUAGUUAUUCAGUGUGGACUACUUUCACAUGCGAUUGAAUGUUAUCUAGUUGUUCAGUGUGGACUACUUUCGCAUGCGAUUGAAUGUUAUCUAGUUAUUCAGUGUGGACUACUUUCACAUGCGAUUGAAUGUUAUCUAGUUGUUCAGUGUGGACUACUUUCGCAUGCGAUUGAAUGUUAUCUAGUUGUUCAGUGUGGACUACUUUCACGUGCGAUUGAAUGUUAUCUAGUUGUUCAGUGUGGACUACUUUCGCAUGCGAUUGAAUGUUAUAUAGUUGUUCAGUGUGGACUACUUUCACGUGCGAUUGAAUGUUAUCUAGUUGUUCAGUGUGGACUACUUUCGCAUGCGAUUGAAUGUUAUCUAGUUGUUCAGUGUGGACUACUUUCACAUGCGAUUGAAUGUUAUCUAGUUGUUCAGUGUGGACUACUUUCGCAUGCGAUUGAAUGUUAUCUAGUUGUUCAGUGUGGACUACUUUCACGUGCGAUUGAAUGUUAUCUAGUUGUUCAGUGUGGACUACUUUCGCAUGCGAUUGAAUGUUAUCUAGUUGUUCAGUGUGGACUACUUUCACGUGCGAUUGAAUGUUAUCUAGUUGUUCAGUGUGGACUACUUUCACAUGCGAUUGAAUGUUAUCUAGUUGUUCAGUGUGGACUACUUUCGCAUGCGAUUGAAUGUUAUCUAGUUGUUCAGUGUGGACUACUUUCGCAUGCGAUUGAAUGUUAUCUAGUUGUUCAGUGUGGACUACUUUCACAUGCGAUUGAAUGUUAUCUAGUUGUUCAGUGUGGACUACUUUCACGUGCGAUUGAAUGUUAUCUAGUUGAAAAAGGCGUUUGAAACAAGGGCUUCAGUAAAGAGCCUUUCUCUCCUUCCUGUGCUCUAUGUCAUGCCUUAAGGGUAUCUGGUACGAGUUGAUUAGUAUGUAGGCUGUUAUGCAGUUACCACUAUAGAAUCACACGAAUCA